CCCACCCAGAUCAAUGACCGUUGUGUUUCUCUGUAGUUCGUGGAGAUCAAAGGAAGUGUGUUUAAGAAGUUUGAGAAGAACAACCUCUUUCAGAUGUCUAACAGUGACAUAAAGGAGAGGUUCACUAACUAUGUUCUGUUAAUCAUUGUCUGUCUACGGAACAUGGAGCAGUUCUCAUGGAAUCCUGACCACCUGUGGGUGCUGUUUCCUGACGUCGUCAUGGUGAUAGCGUCUGAGGUUACCGUGGAUGUCGUCAAGCACGCCUUCAUCACCAAGUUUAACGACAUCACCGCAGACGUCUACGGGGAGUACCGGGCCAGCCUGGCGUUUGACCUCGUCAGCAGCAGACAGAAAAACGCCUAUACAGACUACAGUGACUCAGUCUCCAGGAGAAUGGGCUUCAUUCCACUGCCUUUAGCUCUGCUGUUGAUCAGGGUGGUGACCAGCUCAGUGAAGAUCCAGGGAUCUCUCUCCUUCAUGUGUGUUCUUCUCUUCUACCUGGGGAUGAUCUCUCUGAAGGUACUGAACAGUAUCGUGUUGCUGGGGACGUCCUGUGUGUGUGUGUGUGUGUGUGUGUGUGUGUAGGAUGAUCUCUGAAGGUACUGAACAGUAUCGUGUUGCUGGGGGCGUCCUGUGUGUGUGUGUGUGUGUGUGUGUGUGUGUGUGUGUGUAGGAUGAUCUCUCUGAAGGUACUGAACAGUAUCGUGUUGCUGGGGACGUCCUGUGUGUGUGUGUGUGUGUGUGUGUGUGUAGGAUGAUCUCUCUGAAGGUACUGAACAGUAUCGUGUUGCUGGGGACGUCCUGUGUGUGUGUGUGUGUGUGUGUGUGUGUGUGUGUGUGUGUGUGUGUGUAGGAUGAUCUCUCUGAAGGUACUGAACAGUAUCGUGUUGCUGGGGACGUCCUGUGUGUUCGUUAAAGAAGCCCAUAUGGAGGAGUAGCUGUU